GUUAGACGAAACGCCCUCACUCCCACCCUUCGAGUCGAUCCUUCUUGACACGUCCUCGUAACAACAUCUUCUACCCACUGUCACCUUCCCCACGGCGCUCCUAAGUCCCGCAUCGCAAUGGCGCCUUCGAGACUCCUUAAGCUCCACAAGAUCAUCCAAGUCAGCGACUACACCAUAACGACCUGGGUUCUCCUCGGCGCAACCGUGCAAUGUCUCCUCACCCUCCUCCUCCCCACUCGCCUCGCCCUCUUCCCUCCAAUCUUACUCCUCAUCCACCGCAUCCUCCGGGGCUACCUCGCCGCCACAGGCUACAUCCCCAACCUGCUCUCCGUCGGCGUCAACUACUCGCGCACAACCGUCCAAAUCCCCUCCCCUUCCGGCAGCCCCGCCUCCCAGCCCUCCAACGAGUCCCUCGUCGUCAUGGUCCUCACAUCCACCUUCACCCACCCCAACGGCCGCUUCUCCCCCGGCGGCGCAGACCUCGGCCCCCUCUUCAUCGCCAUGUGGGCCGACGCCGCUGCAAACCGCGAGACGUACGGCUACCUGGGCAACACGCCCGCCAUGGUCGCGGAGCCGUCCUCGCUGUACAGCGGCCCGAGGAAUGGAGAUGACAGGGGCAAGACGAUGCUGUGGCUGAGCUAUUGGAAGACGCUAGAUGGGCUUAGGGCGUUUGCACAUGCGGGGCUGCAUCGUAGGGGCUGGGACUGGUGGGAGAGUGGCGGCACGGGGAGGAGGUUCGGGCAUAUUGGGGUUGCGCAUGAGGUUUAUGGGGUGCCGGGGGGUGGCUGGGGGUGUGUUGCGCAUAAUUUUCGCGCGUUUGGGCUUGGUAAUGCGAAGUUUCCGGUUUGGAGCGAGGGCGCUGAGGGGGGGAAGGGGGCUGUGCAGUGGGUUAGUGGGCUGAGGCCGGCGAGGGGGAAGGAGUGGAAGAGCAUGGAGAGUAGAAUGGGGAGGGCGGAGGGAAGUGUGGGCUUAUAGACGGAGGAGGCGAUCCGAGUUUGGUACUUCCGCUAUUUGUGCAUCUGCGCCACCAUGGGUACAUGCAACCACGGCUGCGCAUAACUGGGAACUUGCCGGCCCGCGCCGCUUCACACGUUCUCGUGACUUGGCCAUGCAGCUCCUAAAGGAAGUGGGAGCUUCACGGAGCCCAAUACUCAGGAUAUCUCAAGGGAAGUAUUCACAACCUAAAAAAGCCCUGAUCAAGUACAGUACCACCAAGCAGAAGAAGCACACGCACAAAAUCUCAUUCAAUCCCCCCAUUCAAUCCCCACCGCAGCUCCGUGAAGCAAAUCCCACUGAUUCG